UCCUGUGGAGCACCUGCACGACAAAAUAAAGAUCAAAUUUGGCCUCGCGAUAUCCCAGCUCGUGGACGUGGAUGAGAAAAACCAGUUAAUGACGACAAACGUGUGGUUGAAACAGCAAUGGACAGACGUAAAACUCAGGUGGAACCCCGAGGACUACGGAGGAAUCCAGGUGAUCCGCGUCCCCUCCGACUCCCUCUGGACCCCGGACAUCGUCUUGUUUGAUAAUGCAGAUGGACGUUUCGAAGGGGCCAGCACUAAAACAGUCGUCAGAUACAACGGCACGGUCACCUGGACGCCCCCGGCAAACUACAAGAGCUCCUGCACCAUAGACGUCACGUUUUUCCCGUUCGACCUGCAGAACUGCUCCAUGAAGUUCGGCUCUUGGACCUACGACGGCUCGCAGGUGGACAUCGUCCUGGAGGACCAGGACGUGGACAAGCGGGAUUUUUUCGAUAACGGGGAGUGGGAAAUCGUGAGCGCCACGGGGAGCAAAGGCAACCGAAGCGACAGCUGCUGCUGGUACCCUUCUGUCACCUACUCCUUCGUCAUCAAGCGCCUGCCCCUGUUUUACACCCUGUUCCUUAUCAUCCCCUGCAUCGGGCUCUCCUUCCUCACCGUGCUAGUCUUCUACCUGCCCUCCAACGAAGGCGAGAAGAUCUGCCUGUGCACGUCCGUGCUCGUCUCGCUGACGGUCUUCCUGCUGGUCAUCGAGGAGAUCAUACCGUCCUCCUCCAAGGUCAUCCCCCUCAUCGGCGAGUACCUGGUGUUCACCAUGAUUUUCGUGACCCUGUCCAUCAUGGUGACCGUCUUCGCCAUCAACAUCCACCAUCGCUCCGCCUCCACGCACGACGCCAUGGCGCCCUGGGCCCGCAGGGUGUUUCUGCACAAGCUGCCCAAGCUGCUAUGUAUGCGCAGCCACGCGGACCGCUACCUGGCGCAGGAGGAGGAAGAGGCGGCGGGCAGCGGGCGCAGGCCCCCGGCUCCCCGGAACACGCUGGAGGCCGCGCUGGAUUCCGUCCGUUACAUCGCCAGGCACGUCACCAAGGAGAGCGACGUCCGUGAGGUGGUGGAAGACUGGAAGUUCAUAGCCCAGGUGCUUGACCGGGUGUUCCUGUGGAUGUUCCUUCUGGUCUCAGUUGUGGGUUCUCUCGGACUUUUUGUUCCUGUUAUUUAUAAGUGGGCCACUAUAGUAAUACCAGUUCAUAUUGGAAACACAAAUAAGUGA